AUGCAGUCCACCACAGCCCCAGCCCAGGCCAUGAGCGGAGUCAACAUCUCCAAGCGCCGCAAGUUCGUCGCAGACGGUGUUUUCUACGCCGAGCUCAACGAGUUCUUCCAGCGCGAGUUGGCUGAGGAAGGUUACUCCGGUGUCGAGGUCCGCGUUACCCCCACCGUCACCGACAUCAUCAUCCGUGCGACACACACCCAGGAGGUUCUUGGAGAGCAGGGACGCCGCAUUCGCGAGCUCACCAGCUUGAUCACCCACCGUUUCAAGUUCCCAGCCGACAGCGUCUCCCUUUACGCCGCCAAGGUUCAGUCCCGUGGUCUUUCCGCUGUCGCCCAGUGCGAGUCUCUCCGCUACAAGCUCCUCAACGGUCUUGCCGUUCGUCGUGCAUGCUAUGGUGUCCUUCGCUUCAUCAUGGAGUCUGGUGCCAAGGGUUGCGAGGUUGUCGUCUCCGGAAAGCUGCGUGCUGCUCGUGCCAAGAGCAUGAAGUUCACCGACGGAUUCAUGAUCCACUCCGGUCAACCCGCCAAGGACUUCAUCGACCACGCCACUCGUCACGUUCUCCUCAGACAAGGUGUGCUCGGAAUCAAGGUCAAGAUCAUGCGCGCUUCGUCCACCCCUGGUGACCCAGCUGGCGAGAAGGCCGGCGGUAAGGGUCUCCCAGACUCCGUCACCAUCAUCGAGCCAAAGGAGGAGCAGCCCAUCCUCGCACCAAGCUCGACAGACUACGGUGCCAAGGCCGCUCAGGCCGCUCAAAAUGCCGCUGCACAGCAGGCGGCCGCACAGGAGGAGGGUGCGCCUGGUGAGGAGAGCGCAGCACCGGCUCAGGAAUACUAG